CGCCAACCCUCGUCCCUCUCGGCUCUUCAUUCAUCCGAGUCCGGGCAGGGGAAGGGUCUAGGGAUUCCUCGGAGCGGCCUCAUCCAGGGCGGUCCAAAGAAAAACGAUAGUCUCACAAUUGGUAACUAGCUGCUGGAGCUUGCGAAUGAUCGGUUGUCUUCAAAUCAUGGGGAAGUUGUAAAAUCUAUCUAUAAUAUCUCAACAUUGUGAAAGUGGAGGGUGUCAAGAUUGAAGCUUCUUUUAUGUCUGAACAAGCCUCGCUCGAUUUGGGAUCAAUUGGAUUGCUUGGAGGGUAUUCUCCUACACCAAGAAAAAGGUACAGGCUCCCCUGGGAGAGGUUUGGCUGCAUGCAUCAGGGGCAACUUCAACAUUCUACCACUUGCUGUCGUAGGCAUCCUCCGCUCAUUGCAGAAAAUCUGCUUGGUGUUCUUAAAGGAGACGACCGAUUUUUUCCUUCAGGUGCUUGCUACCUCUGAAAGUACCACGGCCUUUAUUAGUAAGGAAUCAAUUCAUCAGAGAUGGCCUUGCAGAAUAUCGGUGCUUCAAACAGCGAUGAUGCCUUCUAUAGGUACAAGAUGCCCAAGAUGAUAACCAAAAUAGAAGGCCGUGGAAAUGGCAUCAAGACUAACAUUGUGAACAUGGUGGAUAUUGCGAAGGCAUUGGCCAGGCCCGCAUCUUACACUACAAAAUAUUUUGGAUGUGAGCUUGGAGCACAGUCGAAAUUUGAUGAAAAAACAGGGACUUCCUUGGUCAAUGGGGCCCAUGAAACUGCCAAGCUAGCUGGACUUCUGGAGAAUUUCAUCAAGAAAUAUGUUCAGUGUUACGGAUGUGGCAACCCGGAGACUGAGAUCAUCAUCACUAAGAACCAGAUGCUAACACUGAAAUGCGCAGCCUGUGGCUUUGUGUCUGAUGUUGACAUGAGGGACAAGCUGACAACCUUCAUCUUGAAGAACCCUCCUGAGCAGAAGAAGGGAGCAAAGGGCAAGAAGGGUUUGAGGAGGGCAGAGAAGGAGCGGUUAAAGGAAGGGGAGGCUGCUGAUGAGGAGCAGAAGAAGCUGAAGAAGGACACGAAGAAGAAAGGAACAACCACUUCCAAGGAUGGAGCUUCUUCGAAGGUUGCUGCUGCUGCAAAGAAGAAAGCCAAUGGUGGCGGCUCUGAUGAAGAUCGUUCAGCCUCACCUGCUGGCAGCCAGCAUGGCGAUGACAAUGCAGCUAAUGACGACGACGGUGACGAUGUGCAGUGGCAGACAGAUACAUCGCUUGAAGCUGCGAAGCAGCGUAUCCAGGAACAAUUGAAUGCUGCGACGGCCGAGAUGGUGAUGCUCGCCACCAACGAGCCAGACGAGAAGCAGCAGCCCCGGAAGGCAAAGGAGGAGAGCCCUGUCAAUGGUACUGCGAAGGCUGCAGGCAAAGCUGCUGGUGCAACCCAAAAUGGUGUCAAUUCUAACAAUCAUGAAACACUGCUUAAGGAGAUCAAGGGCAAGCUGAGCAAGGGGUCUGCACCAGGCCAGCUUCGCACCUUUCUGGGUUCUGUUGCGGAAUCUCCUCAGGAAGUCAUGACAGCCCUGUUCGAAGCACUCUUCGAUGGUGCUGGGAAGGGAUUUGCCAAAGAGGUGGGCAAGAAAAAGAAUUACAUCAGUGCUGCCGUGCAGGAUGAAGGAUCCCAGAUGCUUCUGCUCCGAACCAUCGAAGCUUUCUGCGGCAAGUGCAGCGGAGAUGCCGUGAAAGAGGUGGCGCUUGUUCUGAAGGUCCUCUACGAUGGAGACGUUCUGGAGGAGGAGAGCAUUGUCCAGUGGUACGAGGAAGGGCUAGCGGCCGGCAAAAGCUCUCAGGCGUUGAAGAUUGCGAAGCCCUUUGUGGAGUGGCUGCAAAAUGCCGAGUCUGAAUCUGAGGGAGAGUAGUGAUGGCAUGCGCCUCAUACACCCUUUGGAUCUCCUCCUGCUUUUGGUGCUGUGUUUGGUUUGAUAGUUCGAGUCAGUACGGUUGAAUAAAUUUAGAGUCGCAUGUUUUAGGCAGGUACUGUGGUGUUAAUGUGGUAUUAUGCUCGUCUUCGCUUUGGUUAUGUGAUAUUGCUCUCUUAGUGUGACAAACUUCCUUUAAAUAAAGUAUGAUUAGUGUGAUGAACAAUUAAAGUG